AUGACCAACAUUUAUCAGUUUGAGGCUGAGCUGUUAGAGGGAUUUCCUUGUAACCAGUUCGGUGGACAAGACCCCGGUACAAAUGAGCAAAUCGGCACUUAUUGCCAACGCAAUUAUGGUGUUUCUUUUCCAAUGUUCGCUAAAGUGAAUGUAAAAGGACCUGAAGCGCAUGUGAUAUUCCGUUAUUUAACCAAUAACAGUAAGGGCAUACUCGGCAGUGGCAUUAAGUGGAAUUUCACCAAAUUCUUAAUAAAUAAGAAAGGUGAAGUGAUUAACCGCUAUGCACCAACCACGAAGCCUGAGGAUAUAGAACAGGAUAUUGAAAAAGCUUUAGCAGAAUAA